UUUUUUAUAAUUUCAGCCCCCAUUUUGGGUGUUUUAGUGAAACCCCCUUAUUUUUUAUAGCCCUUGACGUCAAAAAUUUUAUUGUGUGACGAUAGCAUCAAAACUCCUACAUUGGUGCUAUGUGUCAAUGAUAUCCUCGAAUUUUUUGAUUAACGAGUGCUAAUAGAAUAACAUAAACAAGGAAUGAGUAUCAGAUCAACUAGGAAGGGAUAAUUUAUCUGAUUUCCAUUUCUUAGGCUAUUUGAUGAAGGAUUUUUAGGUAGGACUCACAUAUUAAAUGAUUUUUUAUUUGCAAGUAAACUCACGGGAAAUCAGGAAUGGAAAUCAUUCAUCUUCUUCUCAUUCCCAUUACUUAUAAGUAAACGUGUAUAAUCGUGCCAUAAGAGGGAAUGUGAAUAAUGAUCAUUUUCAAUAGGCUUAAUUAUACACUAUAAAAUAAUUAUUAUGCAUUACUUCUUUUAUUAGAGGAUUGAAGAAUGAUUAUUUUGAAGUGACAGUAACAUAACCCUUAAUUAAGUAUUAAUUUCUUUUUAGUUGAAUGCUGGAGUAUAAUUACUUAUUCAAAACAACAUGAUAUAGUAGCUGUAAUUCACUUUAAAAAAAAAUAAAUUAGAAGUCAAAGCGCGGAAAUUUACGAGUCGAACUACCAAUUUCAACUGCCUCAUUAAUUUCCAACUGUUGUGGCGGUAGUCGUCUUCUUCUUCUUCUUCCUCUUCCUCCUCCUUUACAAUCAUCAGUUUCGGAAAUUCUGGUUAGAAGUUUAAGAAAUCUUUGGUUCCUUCUCCAUCAAAAGCCUUUACUUCAUUGUUGGUCUUCUUCUUCUAAUUUGUACCCUGUUAAUUGUUAUGUUCUGCAACCAUGCAUUCUCAAUCACAGAUGAAGCCCCACUCAAAGAACCAGCAGCCGCUCUUCUGGCCCAGAGUCGUCAUGCGCAAAUGGCUCAACAUCUCCGCCAAAGAAUCCGAUUACAGCGCCGACACCGACGCAGAUUCCGACUGUGAUGCCGACUCCGAUACCCAAGAGUUUCCUCAACGGGGAAGAGAAUCAAGGUUUAAAGACAUCAAGGAAGAUGAGUCUGAGAGUGAUGAUGCUAGUGAAGCGCUUCCAAGGGUACGAAGACGAAAGUCAGAGACGUUCAGGGCACAGUAUAUAAACACAAAGGAAUUGAGAGUAUGUGCUACAACAUGGAAUGUCGGAGGAGAAAUUCCACCUGAUGACUUGGAUAUUGAUGGUUGGCUAGAUAUUAAUGAGCCAGCCGACUUUUACGUGAUUGGCCUUCAGGAGAUUGUACCCUUAAAUGCUGGAAAUAUCUUUGGUGCUGAAGAUAGGCGCCCAAUCACUAAGUGGGAAAACAUUAUUCGUGAAGCACUGGAUAGAGUUCGACCUAUGACAAGUAAGGUUAAAUCCUUUAGCGAUCCUCCAUCUCCAUCAAAGUAUAAGCCAUCUGGUGAUGUCCCUGAUAUAGAAGAGGAGAUGUUACUCCAAAGUGAUAGUGAUGUUGGUGAAGAAGUCCAUCCAUUGGAUGACGAACCCAAAGAUUUUGGUGACAGCAACGGUACUUCAAUCACUAGUGAAAUAGUGAAUGUUGAUUCUCGAGUUCCAGACUUUAGUGAUAGUAGCAAGCCAUGCAUGCCAAUUGGACAGGAUUUACAAAGGCAAAGUUCUUCUCCAAAGAGAUUAGAUAGGUUAUAUUGCUUGAGGACCACCGAUUGUUCAUUAGAUGAAGAAACUUCUAGUAUCCAACAAAAUCGAAAGUUAACCAAAAUGCUUAGUGGGUCUGAAAGGAUUGGUUUGAGCUGGCCGGAGCCUCCAUUAAACUUGGUAUCUCAGCACUUGUUAGACAGACGAAAUUCCUUUCGAACAAUGAAGUCUUUCAGAACCUACAAUUCUUUCAAGCCAGCUACGAAUGACAUGACACCAGAAAUAGCUCUGCUUGCAGAGAUUGAUCUUGAGUCUCUAAUGAAACGGAAAAGAAGAUCAUCAUAUGUAAGGAUUGUAAGUAAGCAGAUGGUUGGGAUUUUCCUCACUGUAUGGGUUCGUAGGAGCUUGCGUAAACAUAUUCAGAACGUAAAGGUGUCUACUGUUGGUGUUGGUGUCAUGGGAUAUAUUGGUAACAAGGGAUCUAUAUCUGUCAGCAUGUCAGUGUAUCAGACGUUUUUUUGUUUUGUGUGCACUCACCUGACAGCAGGUGAGAAAGAUGCAGAUGAAAUAAAAAGGAAUGCUGAUGUGCAUGAAAUACAUCGAAGAACUCACUUUCAUUCAUUUUCUGAUACUGGACUUCCCAGAAGUAUCUAUGAUCAUGAAAGAAUAAUUUGGUUGGGCGAUCUAAAUUAUCGCCUUAACUUGUCAUAUGAAAAAACACGAGAACUUAUCUCCAAAAAGGAGUGGUCCAAGUUGUUUGAGAACGACCAGCUUGCCCGACAACUUAAGAAAGGUCGUCCAUUUGAUGGAUGGUCUGAGGGUGUUCUGAAGUUUCCACCAACAUAUAAAUAUGAGGCUAAUUCAGAGAAGUACUACGGUGAUGAUCUGAAGACUGGGAGGCGGACUCCAGCAUGGUGUGACCGCAUUCUUUCUUAUGGCCGAGGAAUGAGGUUACUGAGCUAUAGAAGGGCUGAACUUAAACUUUCUGAUCAUCGACCAGUGACUGCCACAUAUAUGGCUGAGGUUGAGGUGUUCUCUUCUAGGAAGCUUCAACGGGCCCUCACAUUCACUGAUGCAGAGAUUGAAAAUGAGGAAAUCGCAAUGGAUAUGGGUAUUGAUGUUGGAAUGAACUGCUUAAAAUUGGAACAAGAUAUUUCUGAUUGGGAGCGUUGAUGGAUGCUAAUGCACUCCAGGUGGGAGUUCCAACAACUUGUGAAAUUUUUUUCUUCGAAAUUUGCGAGUUACCUUCAUUCUUUGCCAUGAUUAAUUUGUCAACAACACUCAACAGUGAUGUAUGUUGCAUUUAGAGUGUAAAUGUUAUAGCGGUUCUUGGCCAUUGGUCUCUUGAGCAUAUUAGUUGAGUCAUAGAGCAUACAGGUUGUACAGUAAGUUGGAUUUAUACACGUGUAUCAAUGUGUGUUGUAAUUUGUAUGAUCAACCUUCAUGAGAGAAGCUUUCUUAAGCUGUAUAGAAAUAAUACAUCUCAAUACAAAUUUUUAAUGCAAUCUUUUUAGAUGGUGUUCCA